UGUCGCAAUUUGACCUACCAGCAUGGCAUCGCAUUCCCGCAGGCAGACAAUGAUUUCUUUCCCUUGAUGGGACGUGGUCCGUACUGGAUGAGUGAUGUCAAAUGUACAGGUCACGAACCGUCCCUAAACAACUCCGUAUUCAAAGAGCGACUAGACGAGAAAAAUUGCUCAAGCCGAAUGCAUGCAGCUGUCCUAUGUAACAAUGAGAAUGGAAUUGACUACCGAAUAGUAAACGACAAGAAUCCCAACGUCACGUCAGAGGGAAUCGUAGAAAUAUCGAUCUACAAAGUUUGGGGAACAGUCUGUGAUGCAUCCUGGGACGACUAUGACGCCAAGGUUUUCUGCCGCCAGCAGAAUUUCCAUGAUGGAUACGCCAUCAAGGGAGGCUAUUGUGGUGAGAGCAAGGUCAGCCCAAUCUUGAUGAGCCAUCUCAAGUGUGCAGGCACUGAAGCCAGUCUCGACAAGUGCCCACACCGUGGGUUUAACAGCGGAAUAGUGGACGGGUCGCUGGGAUGGUGGAAGUGUAAAUCACACAAGGACAAUGCUGGAGUGCUGUGUGUUAACGAUUACAUCAUUUGA